AUCUUCAUAUUCAGUCUAGUGAAGCAAAGACCGACGGGUUCGAGUGCCACAUGCACCUUUCACUUCCAUAUCCUUUUCGGCCCUUAUGUGACCCAACGUGCCGGGGCGGAUCAGUCUGUCCAUGAAACGACUCCUUCGGUCGUCCCAGGGACCUCAUGCCCAUAGGUCUUCGUGGGGGAGGGCAAUCACGCGGCCACGAUUGAGGAAGCAAACCAGCUGCUCAGCUCGUCUCAAUUGCAAUCUCACUCGGCAAAAUUUGAAGCAGAAUUGCCCGUCAUUCGUCAUGUGGACCUUACAAGUUGUGCCCGGGCUGCGGAGAUCUCAGCACUCGGAGAACAUGCUGGACCUAUUUAGUCUUGGUGGUGACUGUAGGUAAUCUACAAUCUCCAGACGCAAUUUAGCCAUGGCAGACAACUUGCGAAGACACAUCAAAACUUUAUAUACACUUUGGAAGGUCACACUUGCACAAGAAGCCCCGCCUCCUAAAAGAAAGAGAGCCCCGCCUCCUAAAAGGAAGAAGAAGAAUUCCCUGAAGUCCAUCGCAACCCUGUUUCACACUAUCUGUUAUUAUUUUCUGGCUCUUAUACAUGUAAAAAGGUUUCUGUUCCAAGGAAAAGAGUCUGCUAGAGAGGAUUCCCUGUACACUAGGCUUCUGUUUAUGCUCGAAAGAGGACAAAUUGAAGACGUAAAACUUCAACUUGGACAAGACGUUCCUUUAACUUAUGAACAAAGAAAAAGUCUUUUGUCUUUAGCAAUCGCUGGGGGCAACACAAAUUUUGUCGAGUUUCUCCUGCAGAAGAAAAUCUAUGUCUCAGAUACCCAUUUAAAACUGGCUGCAAAAUAUGGGCGAGUUCACACAGCAAGGUUGUUACUGAAGAAGAGAUGGAAUGUUAAUGUACUUCGAACUGAAGCCGAGUAUUAUGGAAAUAUUGCCAUUGCGCAACUGGCCAUUAAACACUCAAACAAACUUCAUUCCAAAAUUAGUUUCCAAGACAAAUGGAACAAAACUGAAGCCAUCUACAACGAAGAAUGGCGGAGAGUCACCAGUGGUAUUUUGAAGAUUAAAGAUGUCCAGCGUUUGCGUGAAUUCAUCGUAAACAACAUAAACUUCAUUCACUACCAGGACCACAAAGGAUUUACACCGCUCCACGUGGCGGCUGAAAAGGGUCACGAGCUCUGUGUGAGGGAGCUCCUGGAACACGGCGCCUUGCCCAAUGCACGCACGACCGACCUCAGGACCUCAGCUGACCUCGCAAACUCCCGGGGUCACAGGAGAAUAGCAAAGAUCAUAGAGAGAAAGAUCCAAGUUGAGGACAGCGGAAAGCAGAGUCGUAAAGACGUGUCCAAACGAUACUUCCGUCUUCUGGAGGCAAUUUCCAAAAGUGGGAAAACCUUUGGAAAUGAUAUAGAAGACAAGGCAGCAAGAGUCGAGAUGGUGAAGACUGUGACAUCAUUGCUUUCAACCGGAACUCCUCUCGAAUUUUGUGGACCCUUUAACAACAGUGCUCUCCUGCUCGCCAUUUCCACCAACAGCACACUGCUUCUUCCCCUGCUGUUGGCUGCAGGGGCUCCUCUCACUGCUACCACCUCCGGUCUCGGACCCCUCCAACAGGCACUGAUCACUCCAGGGGUAACACCUUGGGUCGGUGUGGUGGUGGCAAGGGCUAUCCGGCAUAAACUCAAAGUCGAAAUGGACUUUGUUCCUCAAAAUCCCAUGGACCAGAUGUUAAAGUCAGGAAUAACUGAUCUGUUACAACAUCUAGAAGGAAUGGAACCCUGGAAAGCUAAGUUCAAAUGUACAAAGAACAACCCUGAACAUCUCACCCAGUUGCUGGUUACAGCCUGCAAGCGGGGAGCCACUACCUCUGCCUGGUGGGUAUGGCAAGCAGGUGGCAACCCUGUCUCGCCCGUCGCCUCCACCUCAGCCCUCCAUGCAGCACUUAACCCUGAGCAGCCUCACUUGGAUACGGCAAGGGCGCUUAUCCUCCACAUGGGGUGCAAUCCUUUCGUGCCAGGUGAAGAUGGUUCACUCCUCUUCAACAACUUACCGUUGGAGUUUCGGAAGCAACUACUGCAGGAUUCCCUUGCAAGAGAGUACCGGUGCCUGUACAUGGAGAUGGCAAAGGCACGACGCCACAGAAACAGAAAAAAAGUCAUAGAUCUCCAGCGCCUUGUAGUUCUGCUGGUUAUCCUUUACAUUCAGUACGAAAUGCACAGCGAAGAAGCAUCUUACCCUUUCCUGCAAAACCUGUUGUCAUGUAGUGAGUUGGAACUAACAGGGAAUCAAGAGGAAGAAUUACAUGAUUUAAAUGAAGAAUGGAUCACAAGUCUUAUCAGGAAACUAGAUGCUGAUUGUGAAGGGAAGACUACAUCUAUCUCACUCGGCAAGGAUGAAGAGGAUGAAUUCUAUGAAUUAUUUGAAUGCAUGAGGUUAUUCUUCAGAAGAGAAUGCAAAGGCAGUGAUUACAACAUCAAGCAUAAACAUGGCUGUCUCGACCUUCUCUAUAAAAAAGCAUUGAUGAUGUGUAGUAAAGAAAAUCUUGUUGCAUUCCUUUAUCUGCUAGUCAAUGUGGCAGAGGUCCCUGUAUACGGGGAAGUGGAUCCUAUAUGUGGCACGCAAGCUCUUCAUCAAGCAGCCAUGCACGGUAACCUGUCCAUAGCAAUGUCACUGGUCUGCUUUGGAUGUUCUAAAGAAGCAAGAGAUCAUGGCAGAAACACGCCUUCGCAUUAUGCCUACAUGGCCGGCCAUAAGGAAGUUGCACAAUUUCUCGCGGAUGGCGUUGAAAAUGAGGUAAAUAACCAUGAGUUACGACCACGUGACAUACUUAAGCGUUACAACACCUAUCUUGACCAGCAAAGUCUCACUCUUUUAAGUAGUAUAAAAGAGGAACAGGAAAUAUUUAAUGACAGUAAAUCACUGACUGAACUUCAUCUCCACCAUCUUAGAGAGACAUGGGAAGCCAAAGGGGGUCUCAUCAAAACAGUUAAGGGUACUCAUGUGGACUUUACAAAGAGCGAGUCUUUAGAAGUCAAACAAGCCAUCACAAAAGUAGCCGAAGAACUCAUUUCUAACAUUGCCAAAGUCAACAAGCUCUUUGAGGGAGACCUUGUCGGUGUAGGAAGUGCUGCAGAUGAUACUAGGAUGUUCUGCCCUGACGAAUAUGACUUCAAUCUUGUUUUAAGAAACGUAAGUGGUCACCCGGGAGGAGGACUUAAAUUUGAGCUUCAGAAUUCCCCUGAAACGGAACUAGUUCGGCAACACAUAGAAUUAUCAGCUGAAAGUAGUGAACUCGAAAAUCUUAUGAGUGGAUCUAAUUUCACUGAUACGUUUUAUAGCAUAGCGAAAGAUUGCUUGAAAAACUUGAGGAUUGGUGAUGAAAGGCUCAUCUUCAUCUCUCCUGGGGUCAAGAACACUCAGGUAGGCAUUAAUUUGUGCAUGGUAUGGAUGGGCCAAGAGUUCCCUCUCUUGAUAAUAGACGUGGAUAUAGUUCCAACAGUAGAGGCACCUUGGCCCCAACAGCACCCGCGGCCCCUUCUCACUCCCUCAGACAUGAACACAGUUUAUCUCAGCAACACAACUAGGAAAGAAUGGAGGUUUUCCUUCGGUGUUGCCGAAAACCAGAUCAUGAAAAACCUGACUGAUCAUCAAAGAAGAGUGUUCUUAGGCUGUAAAUUGCUUUUGUCAUCACUUAAGGUAUCAUGGUGGGCGCCAAAGGAGACCAAGAAACAGUUCACUUUCUGGGAUAAACGAGUGUUUCGACUCUCAGUUCCUGCAGGCUUUGCCUUGAAGAAUGUGUUUUUCGAAGAACUUCAGGAUGUGCAAGAUGCAAAUCUCUGGACAGAUGACCAUCUUUUGGAUAGAAUGAAGUCUGUCUUCAGCCGCAUGUGUGAAGAGCCGAGUGACCCUGAAUGCCAAAUGCCGCGCAAGGUGAUGGCCUAUUUUGGAGGCAACACCCAGCUCCCGUCAUUUGCACUCGGAGCCCCAGAUAUUCUAGCGUUCCUUACGUCAUUAGAUGCAUUACCAGUCCAGCCCAGUUCUAAAGCGUGAAUGUGUUCAGAGAAAGUUGGUUUGAACAUUAUGCUUUUUCGAUUAGUAUUCAGUAUUUUUUUCUAAAGACUCUUUUUUAUCAGGAGUUAUAAAUUUCCAUCAGAGGAGUACUAGAACUGUUCAUUUCAAACGAUUGUUUAAGAUUAGUUUAUUAAAAUGAAUGAUUCUUAUGUAUAGGAAUGGCACCAUCAGCAGCUUGUAACUAAGAAACUGUAAUAGGAAUACAGGUAUAUAUUCAUUACUGUUUUCUCGUCUCUAUAUUUUACACAUUACAAGUAAAGGUAACUUUUCAUUUUUAAUUGCUAACAUGUCAGAUACAAGAAAUCUCAUUAUCAUUCUAUACGACGUUAUUACAGAUAUUUAAGUCUUUUCAAAAAGCACAUAAAUAUGGUAAGUUAUGGUUUAGCAACAACAAAACAGGUGUGGAAAUAAUUAAUGAUUAUUAAUCUGACGGAUUUUAUGCUGAUUCGACAUUGCGUCAUCAAGCAACAAAUAUAGCAAAGAAAUACUGGACCCUCUGACUCUUUGCAUCGUUUGUUGGGAAGACUUUUUUUUCCUUGUUCUUGUUUUUGCCACCAUGAGGAAUGUGCAUUUUUAGCCAUAAAAAGGCUUAGUUUUAUCAGCCACACAAAUCAAGUAUUGUAAAAAUCCUGUAACAGAGGCUUGUGGAUUUAGCUCCCACGUCUGGUAUUUUUUUUUCUCUCUUUCUUUUAAUAACUUGUAAAUCUGUUUGAUCAUAGAAUUCUGCAGGCUUAUGGGCUGAAUACAAAGAUAUUUAUGAUUUAUAUGUGAACUGCUCACAGCGGCAGAUGAUUAAAGGCCUAUUGUCGGAACA